AAUUCUUUCUUUUUCCUGUCUUUUAAUUAAUUCCACAGAGAAAGUUGCUUGUGUAAUCUAUGAUAUAGAGAUAAGCCAUGUAAAUCACCCAAUGAUGUCAGAAAAUCCUGUUCUUAAAGUUUAAUAUGCUUUCYCUUGAGUGCCAUUAAGUGCAGAAAUGUUUGGCGGAGUGAAACRUCAUUGGAGCAGGUUUAAUCACCACCCAGUCCAUUGCCCACACCUAUAUCUCACUAAUUAAGGGAACAGCUUGACUUUAUAUUUGUAAUAAAUGAUGCAAAACUUUACCUUGUACUGUAGACGUUUAGUUUAGCUCAAUUGAUUUGACUCUUUCAACUGAAGUAGCUGCAUUUGAAUGUUUCAUCUGCUAUCAAAUCAUAUUAGACACAAGGAAGAKCUUUAGSAUUUCACAUUAUUUUGGAUAAUUUUGUCAAAUUUCAAGUACUUUCCGAUGGAUUUCAGACCAAGGCACAGCGUUGUUCGAUAUGCACAAAGACGGUUUAUCACACUACUAAGGCAAUCUACAUCAGUAUGGUUUUGGGGGUCAAGACAACAAUCUGAGAGUGAAAUAUUAUUACAAGCUCUUCCACAAUCUCAAUACAAAGCUACUAAUUCAAGGAUUCCAAUGAAUGACUCUGUUAACUUGAUAAAUGCCAUAGAAGACGGCAGUUGUACACAAGUGUUGAAUUUGUUGGAAAAUAAGGGYAUCAACAUUGAACAAAAAGACCAGAAUGGCCAAACCCCCCUUAUCAUAGCUGCAGAAAAAGGAAAUGUUGCCAUAGUACAUGAAAUCCUAAAACGAAAUGCUGAUGUAAAUGCUCAAGAUAAUGAUGGAUGGACAGCCCUUAUUGCAGCAUGUAAGGAAGGUCAUGAGGAGGUGGUGAGAGAGUUACUGGAAUAUGGUGCUAAAAUACAAUUGGCUGAUUUGGGUGGCUGGACGCCUCUGGUAUGGUCGUCUUACAAAGGUCAUGGACAAAUAGUCAAAGMGCUUUUAGACCAUGGUGCCGACCCAAACGAAAAGGGACAGCAUGGCAUGACCGCCCUUAUAUGGGCAUCCGGGAGAGGACAUAUUGAAUGCGUUAACGAAUUGCUUGAAGCUGGAGCGUCUGCUGACUCAUCUGACAAAUACGGGACUACAGCGCUUGUGUGGGCAGCGAGGAAAGGCCAUCUAGAAGUCGUUAAAGCAUUGGUGGACAAAGGAGCGAGCAUCAACGUUGCUGGAACGAGAGGUUGGACAGCAUUAAUCAUGGCCGCUAAAGGUGGAUAUACAGACCUCGUAGAUUACCUCAUAAUUAGAGAUCCAAACAUCAACGCGACAGAUCAGGAAGGAUUUUCGGCUCUCGCAUGGUCAGCUAAGCAAGGACAUAACGAAAUCGUGCAAAAGCUCAUCUCAAAAGGCGCUUACUACAACCUUACCGAUAAGGAAGGCGAGACUGUUCUCAUUUCYGCGUCACGCGAUGGUCACGUGGAAGUGGUGAAGACAUUGUUGAGCAAAUACGCCGAUGUAGAUGCCGUCGAUUCGGAAGGCAAAACYGCGCUUCUUCACGCUGUCGARAAUGGUCAYACUCCUAUAGUGCGUUAUUUACUUGAAGCAAAUGCCAAGACCGAAAUACCAAACAAGGACGCUGAAACGCCAUUAAUAAGAGCAACUAUCAAGAAACACACAGAAAUAGUUGGUCUUCUGUUGGAGAAAGGRGCUUUAGUAUCAGCGUCUGACAAACGAGGUGAUACAUCAUUACAUAUAGCAGUACGCGGGAGAUUCAAACGCAUUUGUGAGCUGCUGUUAAGAAACCCUAAGGACGCUCGUCUUCUGUAUCGUCCCAACAAAGCAGGAGAAACUCCUUAUAACAUCGACAGACAACAUCGUACCAGCAUUUUAACACAAAUAUUCGGCACAGGUCUAAUAGCAAGUGGUAAAAAGUGUAACGAGGAGAUCAUGGGCUAUGACGUAUACACUAGUGCAUUAGCAGACGUGCUGUGUGAGCCCUCGCUUAAUAUGCCCCUUACAGUAGGACUGUACGCGCGUUGGGGCAGUGGGAAGUCGUUUGUUUUAAAACGAUUACAAGAGGAGAUGAGAGAGUUCGCCCACCAAGAUAUGCGUCCUGCGUUCCAGUUUUCCCGUUUCAUCUUCAUCAUAGUUUUAAUUAUGUCAAUCAUCAUUGGAAUCAUCAUGUGGGCUGCUYUGGGUAUCGUGGAAGGCAUUUGUAUUGGACUAGCCAUCUUUUUCGGCAUUUAUUCAUUAUUUCUAUGUGCAUACGUUGCUGACAGACGUUACGCCAGCGGCGAAACACCGUGCGCUGUUGGUGGCUACGUUGCGAAUACUGUUGCAACACUCAAGCUAUUAUCGCAAUUCAUUUUCUGUAUUCCGCCUUCUCCGAACGCUAUGAAGCCGUCGUUACCUGUGCGAUUCUUCUUUACGGAUUUCAGUAAGCUAACAUGCAGCGGGAGUGAGGCGGCUUCGUUAGUUGGAAUGAUAGAAACACUGUGUGACGUCGUGGAGUCAGAAUUUGGGUUCUUCGUUACGCGUCUUUACCGUGUAUUUCGUGCACCGCAUUCAGAAUACGACGAUGUUGGUUACGUAAACGCAAGAUGGAAGCGUUGCUGCUGUUGUGUACCUACUUUUAUUAUAUUUUUGUUUGUUAUUAUUUGCGGGCUGGCGAGUAUUAGUUUAUUCACCGUGAAUGGUCCCAAUGCGAGUUCUGCAAUCACAGGACUUGAGAUUGCCACGGCAUCGGUGGUGGGAGUGGCAAUUCUAGUCCACUUGCCAACACUCUGUUCCAUCCUUUACUCGCUUGCCUUUUCGCAGAAGAAGCGAAUAUCAGUUGUUGCUACUCAGCUUGGAUUGAAAGAAGAAGGUUUUAUUCAUGCUUUGAAGCAAGAAGUAGAGUUAUUGACUGAUCUCGUUAACUGUGUCGAUGGUUUUACGAGACAUCAAACGAGAAUCGUUAUCGUUAUCGAUGGAUUAGACAACUCCGAGCAGUCCAAAGUUCUCCAAUUACUUGAUUCGGUUAAUCUAUUAUUCACAGACCCCGAAGCACCGUUUAUUAUUUUGAUGGCAUUGGACCCAAGAGUGAUUAUCCGUGCUAUCGACCAAAGUUUCAGCAGUAUUUUACGAGAGUCGCACAUAAGUGCCUCGGAUUAUUUGAAAAGUAUUGUCCAGCUUCCAUUCUAUCUUCCUGAGCCCAAGUCCAACUAUACGGGAGUCUUAGGGCCUAAUAUCACCAGUUUACUAGAUGACGUACGACCAGUGGAUUAUGACAGCGAUCAUCACCCUGAAGUAGACAUACGUCCUAAUAGCAUUGUGCAUGACGAAAUGGAAUGGGACGGAGAAAUGCUUCAGUACGACAAUGACAAAAACGCCGCUCGCGCUCACAGGGACUUUCAUAACUGUAAUGGCGGAGUACCGGGUCGACCACACCCUGAUAUGAGCAUAGAUCAUUGUGCUGCAAUUUAUGAACCAAACGAGCGCGAUCCUUGCUUAGCCCUUGAUCAUCAAAGGAUGUUAGAACGGGAACUGGAAUUGGAGGAAAGAAGGAAGAUCUCAGCCGACCUGGCGCAAGUUCUUGCCGACAAUGAGACGGUCAACCCUCUCGGAGUUAAGCGACUAAUGAACAUUGUAUCACUUACGUGUCGGCUCCUUCGUGCUCGGGGUUUCGAGUACUCGUGGAAGCGACUGGCUGCAUGGGUCAGUUUAGUUGAUGGAUGGCCUUACAAAACAUCAUGGCUCGUUCUUCUCAUAGAAGACAGUAACACGCACAUUAGGGACAGUGUAUCACUGAAAGACCUCUAUGAAGCUACUCUCUCAGCAUUGCCUGUUAUAAACGAAGUGGAUUGUAUGGUUGAUGGGGACCCUGUGUACUUCGAGACUUUUCUGUCCUCACAUCAGCCUCUCUUGAGAGCUGCGGACAUCAGGCGUUUCCUUUCGAGUACGAUUCACUUGGACCAUUCCCUACGGCGGCAAAUGGUCGAGAGCAUUCAUACUGGAACAGGGACUGGCACCACAAAGUCGGAAACAGAAAGUAUGGGGAAACGAAGUUCAGGCUAUCAGUUAAAUACAUUGUUCAGUAACAAAGAGAAAGACAAGUUUAAUUUGCAGCAGCUCACCAUUGAUGAYAUAUGUAAACAGUUAUCAGAAAUGGARGGCUUGGAUCAGAAGCAAAUCUCAACAUAUCAAAAGGUCAUCUCUGAGAACAAUGUUAAUGGCAAAGUUCUAGCCACCUGUGACCUUAGCGAAUUAAGUCAGAUAAUGGGAAUGACCUUUGGUGACUGGCAGCUUUUUAGAGCAUGGAUUCUGAAUGCACGGUACCCCCAAGAAUGCGCUACUUGUCAAACGAACAGUCGAUGUGUAAGUCCUGGUGAUAUGCAAUGUCAACUGCUCAAGACAUCAUCCACCGGUUGGGAACAAGGGAACUUUCUUGGGACGCCAAGAAAAAGUAUGUCAGAUGCUAACGAAACGACACAAACAGAAUCUAACCAACUUGAUGACGUUAAACCAAUCGCUGAAGGGAAACUAGACGACGACAGUGACGUACCAGAAAUAAUUCUCCAACCUCCAUCAACGUCUGAGACAGAAGAGGAAGACAAUGGUGAAACUACAGAAACUGAGGUGGAAAACACUAGAGACGAAGAAGAUGGAGUCGUGGAAGCAAAGAUGACAAAGGCAGAUAAAAGACUCUCACAAGAGGAGCAAAGCUUCAACGUCAUGGCAAAACAAAUGGACGAUAAGUCGAAAAAGGCCAAUAGGAACUCUAGGGAAGAGACUCUCGUUGACUUGGAAACAGAUCACGUUGUAUCAGCGUCAGAGAAUAAAGAACCUUACUCUCCCAAGCCUCCUCUUGCUCUGUACUUCGAAGAACACGAAGAAUUCCCAGAACCACCUACUAACGUUCAAACACCAAGUAAUAAGAAUGGCGGAAUAGCUGAUCUUAUUGUGUUCAGUGACUCGAAAAUCGACGAAUCGAAAAAAUCGUACGAAGAUGAUUUAUGGAUUCCUAUUACAAAACCUCGAACAUCAUCCAUGGAGUCUAGCGGUAGUGCUGAUUUUCCACCCCCACCCUCCCCUCCCACAAUACAGGCUAUGGAAUGUACCUGUGAGAUGGUCGUACCUUUAGAAUCCAGAGAACUUGCGGUGGAGUCCGCGAAUAACUCCUUAUUUUUUGACUCUCAAGAAAAUAGCGCUGCUGAGAAACCUUCACCCAUAGUUUUCACCAUGGCGAAAAACGGACCUGUUAAAAAUGCAGUAGCCGUCAAGCGAAAUGGGCGAGGAAGUUCGAGUAAAGCUCCUCACACAUCUCCACGGUCUGUCAGUGAAUCCACGGGAUUUCAGACUACUUCGUAUUCCAACAGUAACCGAGGUGCCGCACCAAAAAGUGCAAAUGCGCAAUAUGUAGGAAGCGAAAAAAGUGCAGCAGCGAGACCUGUUUCGACAUCCGAUGUAAAUAAUCAGCAUUCUAGUGUAACAAGCUUGAAACAGAGAUCGGGGUCGGAGGGAUGGGUUUCUCCACUAAAAUCGGGUUCUCCACCGCAGCAUCAUCGAAAUGUACGGACCAACUCGAAAAACUCUUAUGGAACUAUCGAUAAUAAUGACUUACCUCCACCCCCACCGUCGUUAUUAAACGACGAAGAUCAAAACUCCCCGUGGGUACCCCUGUUACAAAGAUUCCAAGUAGACAAAGAAGCUGCUAUGUAUAUGGAGAGUGAAGAUAAUCGCCGAACAAAAUCCCAAAAGUCUUUUUCAGCUCAAGACCAGAAGCAACAGAAGCUCAAAAGUUACACUCCCGCACUAAGACCAAGUGUUGUGGAAGUGAAAAGUGACAAUAAAAAGGACAAAAAGAACGAGACUUGUGUGUAGUGGGAGACACGUUUUAAUCUGAUCAUGAAUCUCGCGUGGGACUGGAAUCWAGCCUACUGAUUUGACGCAGUUUUGUUGAAUUCAACAUCGGGCUUCAUUKUACUGCUUUGCUGUUUUUUGUACCAGUGGUUAAUUGUCAAUUURCAGUAGGAUAUAAUGACACCUUUGAAUGAGAGGUACUUUUUCUAUUCCAAAGAGGGUAGAUGCUUCAAAGAAAUGGAAGUAUAAGCUUUAUACACAAUAUCAAAUGAUUAUAUUUAAUAAUAAUAAUAAUAAUAAUAUUAAUACGAUGCUUCAUCAUUAUAAACUGUCUGACAGGCAUUUAAGUAUCUAAUGUAGUAUACAGAUAACAUUUAAUGUAUGGUCAGUUGGCUUCAUAGGUAACGAUUAUAACUCGUAGAGUUUUUAGUAGUUUUAUCAAUUGUAGAGUUGAGUAGAUUCCAUGCGCAGUCAGACGCAAUUUUCUGUAAUAUAAUAUAAUGUUUUAAUUAAAUAUGUUUCCCUUAAUGACGUCUUGAUUGUUUUGGCGAAGGUAUCGUGGUAUCGUGGUAUUGAUAUUGAAAAAUAUCAUKUCAUCGUUUUCACCCUUUCCUAUGAGAUUCAAAAGAUAAAAGACYGGCGGCCAUGUUGGAGGAAUGAGCAAAAGAUACUAAUURAAAAUCUUUUGUUAAAGUUCUUCCAAGRUGGCCGCUGUGACGUAACUUGAAAACGAAGAAUAUGGCGGCUGUUGCAAAACGAAGCAGCGUGAGGAAGGACGACCUUUCUUUCUUUGCAACAUGAACGUUUUCCGUUUUCGAGAAUGCUUUUGAGCAUACCUAAGUGUUUUWAGUGAUCUUUCAGAGCGUUGUCGACAUUUUGCAAAGRAGCGUCGUUUUCGUAGGUUUGAUCAGACAUCCACAAUCUUGGUACCAUGAUGCAUUUCGGUAAAAYGGAUAGUACGUCGCUAGGGGCAACGACCAUUGCAAAUGUUACCGUCUUUAUAGUGAGUGACUCAUAAAACCAGCGGGAUUUUUAUAGCGAAUGUUUGAUAGCCUUUUAAAGGCAUCUACCAAAUCGAUGUCUUUAGUGAUUUUGCUCAGCUCUCUGUCCUCAGGGAAUCCAAAACGAAACGAAAAUGCGUCAUUGUGGAUGACGUCAGGAACGACUCUCGCCUCCAUUUUGGAUGACCAAUGAGGAACUGUGCUCUGAACUUUGUUAUCUUAAAUAAUUCAAGAUGGCGGCUCCAAUGUAAAUGGUUCAUGUAUAUUAAUWGAGUAGUUUUCAUACCCUCCAAUCUGACAAUCUGUGAUACGCUGAAGCUAGUUUUAUUUGUGCAGCCUGUAAGACGGUGUCAUGCGUGUAACAGAAUAGUGAUAUGGAGCGYUUAAUCCGUGUUCUUUAGAGUGAACGCACUUAAUCCGUGCAAAUGUACAAAAUCUAAGUAGUACUAAUUUGUACUAAAAGUGGAGCUGAAGCAAGACGGUAUAGAAUGCUUCAUUUGUAUCAAUUUAAUUUGCGUACCGCAUGCACGAUUUACUAAAUACAACUAACUAGUGACUAUUUAGUUUGUACGGUUACACGGAUUAAAAACCAAGCUCGACACACAAUUCAAACGUUAUGUGUGUCAUGAAUCGACUAACGCGUUGCUAUAAAGGUUUCCACCCAAUUCAAACCACCCGCGAGCAAGUUUUAUUGUUCAAAAAGUUCAUUUUCCAUUGAAAAUUGGUUAGUAAAGCACAUGGCAACGCGUCAGUCGAUUAUGCCGCUAAUGAAAAUUUUCAAAUUGAAAACAUACUUAUUUAAUAUUUAUUUUUUUAGUACGCUCUGGUUGUUCUGUUUUCUUUCCUGUCUAUUUGACAUGCGACUUAAAUAGAUUUUGUUUCACUGGUAUAGAGACUUGAGACAUUAAAUCAAUUGUGCAAAGUAAUGCUGGUAGAAAAAAAGAAUUUGAAUAAAAUAGUACAAAAGA